AUGGCGGCACUUUCGAUAUCAUCGCUGGCUUCCUUUUUCUCUGAUGAGCAGAAGUCCUUAACAAGAGGUGAAAAUCAUUAUCAGUCUAAUCACAUAGAAAGUUUUUCCUUCAGUGAUGGUGUCAUUCGUGGAGAAGUUCACGCUAGCAUGAAGAAAAAAGUGUAUAAAGUGACGGUAAGUGAUCGAUACUUUCAACCAUGUUCAUUCUUGUCGAUUCUAUCAACCAAAUGGCUUUUAUGCAUUUUGUGGCUUCACUCAGUCAUGUUGAUCGUUAUUUUAUCUAAUACAAAUAUUUAAAAGAAAGCUUAAUCCACGAUUUGGAGGCCUAAACGCAACCGACGGUACCUCGCUCUGUUUUUUAUGUUGAAAGGUAAUUUCACCACGUUCCCCAUCAUGAAUUAAGCUUUAAUAUAUGAAAACUUACAAACGCCUUACAGUUCCCCAAAUAAUACCAGUUUUCUCCUUGAUUUUAGAUUUAUUUAGACGAAGAGAAGAACAUUAAAUCAACGGAUUGUGAGUGUCCGCGAGGGAUGUUUAGGUGUAGUCAUGCUGCCGCUUUGUUUAUACAUGGCCUAUACAACCUCAGUAGAACAGACAUUGAAUGCCAGUGGAAAAAGCGAAAAGCCACAAACUCGUUGCUACCGUCAGUGCAAGAAAUGUUUCCUCCUGCAAAACCUGCAUACCGUGCUCUUUUAAGAGACCCAACUCGUGAAGAACGUAGUGAACUUUUCCAAAGGCUGAAAAACUAUGGUAAAUUUACUGCACUUUAUUGGCUCAUGAGCCCUGAACCACAACCUCAGUCUAAGUCCUUGCCAGUUGCUACAGUAGAGGAUGUUAUUUUCCAAGAGGAAUUUCUACUGUUGCAAGGCCUCCAAGAACAACGUCAGUAUUUUCUGAAUAAAGUCAGUGUUGAAUGGAGAACUAUUGAAGAUGUAAGCCGCCUUACUGCUGGACAAAGGGACAAUCCUUCUUGGCAAAUGAUCAGGAGGGGUCGACUGACAGCAAGUAACUUUGGUUCAGUUUUAAAUGCCAAGCGUGUUACCCCGUCCUUAAUCAAACGCCUUCUCGGUGAAUGCGAUCUAUCAAGGGUGAAAGCUGUCCAGUAUGGGGUAUGCAAUGAAUCUGAAGCCAUUAACGCAUUCAGGCUCAAGACUGGCCUGGAUGUGGUGGAAACAGGUGUGUGGCUACACCAUUCUGGAGUCCUCGGUGCCUCUCCUGAUGGAUUGGUUGGAGAAGAUAGUGUUCUAGAGGCUAAGUGCCCCUAUACACACCGAGAUUUGACUAUUGAGGAAGCCAUUAAGACCAGCAACUUUUACCUUGAAAAGAAGGAUGGGGAAAUUGUGUUGAAACGUGACCAUGUUUACUGGCACCAAGUCCAGGGCCACUUAUUUCUCACCAAGAGAAAGAAGUGUUACUUUGUCGUCUGGACGCUGAAAGAUUUUGUAGUUCUUGAAAUUCAGCGGGAUGACUCUUGGGAGAUUAAGAUUGAAGAACUGAAAGAAUUUUAUUUGAAACACCUUUUCCCAAAAAUUAUUGAGGGAGAACUCUAA